CCCUCUUCCUUCAUUACAUCCGUCUGUCUCCGUCUCCUGCAACUCAAUACAUACAUACCUCACCUUCACCUACGACCACAUUUCCAUCUCCCACGACCUCGCAUUAUUAAUACUCGCUAUCACCAUCGACCCAUUCGAAUCGUUCACCGUCUUCUUGUUAGGCCACCUUCUUUAUCCUGAGCCUUCCGGUCGCACAAAAGCCCUCACUUAGCUCACCGACUCCUGGCCCAUCACCUAUAUGAUCAGAUAGGAUGUCGGCAUUUUACCACUACAACACUCACCAACAUCCUACUUCUGCAAAUGCGCAGGUGGCAAACUCGUCGCACCACAGCGGUCGAGGGCGUAGGGCACCACGACUGUCGCAAAACUCUCACAAGCAGUUCCGCAGCGUGCGAAAGGAUGAAGAAGCACCCUUGGUAACGAACUUUCGCCAACGCUUCGAAGCGGGUCGAUCCUUUGAUCUCGACGAUGAUAUGGAAUUUUGUCCGAAUCUCCUGACCGAGAGCGACAUGGUGUCAAUUCAUUCGUCGUCGUCCGAUCGCUCGUCGCUGUCAAGUGGAUCACCCGCAUCAAGCCCACAAUCUCAUCAAGUCGCUCCCGAUUCUGGCUUCACUCUCAACUCCAACUCUAGCCCUUACAUUCCAUCGUACCAAAGUCAACCCACAACCCUCAAGCUGCAUCAACCAGCUGCUACCCGUGUCCGUAAUGCGAUCCCGAUUGUUAACCCCAGCACCGGGAUAAGCAUGCCGAGUCCUCAACCUCAUUCGGUGUCUCCUGCCAGGAUGACAUUAGGUCGUCGUUGGUAGAAUUUCUACUUCUGUUCCCCAUGUACAUGCAGAUUUAGUCUUUCCAUCCAAUUCCUUGAGACAGUCACGGCGCAACGACGAUAUUCGAUACCACUG